AUGGAAAUCAUCUCCGGUCUCGAAAAUAGCAUUUCGCUUGUAUUAAUAUUAUCAUCGAUUAUUGUCGCCGUGUUUUUAGUUUCACUCAUCCGUCGCUUCAUGUCCCCUUCCGAAAUAUCACAAAUCCACCCCGAAAGUGAACAGACCGUUAACGAAGUUCGUCAGUCUCGAGCCACACGAAAUCGUUGUACCUCUAACGGUGAUUCCGCACCUUCUUCCAAUAUCGCAGAAGUGGAUGACUGUCCCAUCUGUCUGGAAGAUCUCAAGUUCGCAGUCGAGACCAACUGCCGACAUCGGUUCUGUGGUGAGUGUUUUUACGCUUAUUGGCAGAGGUUUCCCCCAUUAUCUCAGCCGAAUUGUCCCGUCUGUCGAAGUCAGUUGCGAUUCCUGCUCAAACGUUUCACACCCACUGAUCUGGAUACUGGUGACCCGGCAGAACGGUCCGAGGUGGAGUCGAGAGUUGCCGUUUUCAAUCGUCGUUUCUCAGGAAAUCCGGUUUCUCUUAUGGACCAAAUACGCGACCUUCCAGUUUUGCUGCGCUACUGCUGGCGUGUAAUGUUUGAGGGGGAGGCAGGGAUCUCGUGCCUCCUGAGACUACGUCUUAUUGUUCUUUUCCUCUUUGUCUUCUUCUACGUCAUCUCGCCACUGGAUAUCUUCCCCGAGUCCAUAGUGGGUGUCUUUGGUCUCCUAGAUGACUGUCUCGUCUGUCUUGUCUUCUUCAUCUACGUAGCUGCCCUGUUCAGAGGACACCUGAUCGCCGAUGCUUGA